CUGUAGUUGUGCAUGUGCCUUUGUUUAUGAUGCAGAGUAAACGCAACGCCUUGAUUAAGCAGCAGCAGGCAAAUGCUCCUCAUCCCUUGGGGGAAAGCGCGCUAAGUCCUUAUCGCGAUCGACAGCCGCCGUCAGUUGAAGAGAAGAUGAAAUACUUUCGGGAUCUGAGCGUGCAGAUAACCCAGCGCAAGGAGAUGCAUGAGAAGGAGAAGAAUGCGCCCCAUCCACUUGGUGGAAUGAUGGGAGGAGGAAAUAAUUGCCUCAACAACGAGGAGUUGAUGCACAAGAUAGACCAAGCCAGGGCAUCCUAUCGCGAAGAGCUUCAUCGUCAGAUGGAGGAUAAGCGGAGACUGGAAGAGCUGUCAAAAAAUGGUCUUCAUCCGCUCGGAGCUCCCACCAUUGGACUGAUGAAUGAGGGGCAGAUCAAACGCAAAACAAAGGGCGAAGCCGUUAAGGCACAGACAGAUUAUCAUCAAGACCUGACAAAACAGGGGCCAUGCUAAUCUUCUCUGUAUCGUUCCAAUUUUAAUGGAUGUCCCGAAGGACAGCUCUGCGCGCUUGUAAAUACACAAGAAGGAUAGACUGGAAUGCGACACUCGAUCCGGGGAAGGAUAGACUGUCGGGAGGAGUAAAGGGACAGGAACGUACAGUGUGCGUGGUGUAGAGAGGAGUAAGGGGACAGGAAGGUACAGUGUGGGUGGUGUCGGGAGGAGUCAGGGGACAGGAAGGUACAGUGUGCGACGUUCAAACCUCACGCCCUGUGCUGUCUUCCGGUCGGAGUGAUAAAAUGUGCGGAGCAGG